AUGCAUGAUUUGAUUAUUUAUCCUUAUGAAAAACAAAAUGAAUACAUAUAUCAAGAGAGAGAUAACUUAAUAAAUGAGGACCAUAUAAAAUAUGAUGAGAACGACGAAGUAAAUAGAAAUGGUAUAUCCUAUAAGAUAAAUAUUUAUGAUAAUAAUCAUCCUAUAGAUAACAAUAAUAAUAAUAAUGAUGGUGAUAAUAAUAAUGAUGGUGAUAAUAAUAAUAAUGGUGAUAAUAAUAAUAAUAAUGAUAAGGAUAAUAUUGCUUCCCAAUGUAUUCAUACAUGUAUUAAGGAAAAUAUAAUUGAUGAUAAAAAUUAUGAUAGUUUUCAAAAAAGAGAAGAUAUUACAAAUAUUAAAAAAAAUAGUCUAGAUUUUAAUACGAUAAAUGAAAAAAUAUUUAAUAUUAAUAUUAAAAUGAAAGAACCAAAGGUAAAAACAACAAAUGACACACACGUUGAUUAUAAUGAUGAUAAUAAUGAUGAUAGUAAUAUUUCCAUAAGAACUUAUCCAAAACAUUCAACAUCUCAUCAUAACUACACAAGUGAUGAUUCAUCAUAUAGUAGUAUAGACGAUAUUAAACAUAUUUUAAAAAAAAGUAAAAUAAAAAAUUUACAACAAAAUAAAAAAAAAUAUAUUUGUAACUAUAUCUCACAACACAAAAAAAGAAUCAAAGAAAAAAAAAGUAAUCUUAUCCAAAAAAAAAAAAUUAAUAAACAAGAUAAUUAUUUAAACACAAACUUCCUAAAAAUUAAUCAAAAAACAAAAGAAAAUAUAAAAAGAGCUAGCGCGGCAAGUAUUAUCCUGGAAAAUAAUUUUAAUAGUGAUCAUAUCGAUGAAGACGAAGAAAAUAGUUCAUACGACGAAAAUAUAAAUUAUCAUACAAACGAUUUCUAG